GUUCGAGUUCGGGAUAGUUGGGAUCAGUCUUUGGGACGUGCGGUUGCCGUGAGGAUCGCGGCGAAGAAGUGUUCGAAGUGAAUGUGGUAUGCCUCUAUUUGUGAUAGGGCGCGACAUCGAAACUAAAAUCGGAGCUCCUCAAUUGCUGCAGACGUCGGACGUCGGAGAGUGCAACUAAUCGUGAUCGGACUCUACCGAAAUCUAACGCUCACCAUGCUGCCCAUCAUCCGUCGUAAUCUUAUCGCCGUGCUCGCUAUUGGCUUAUGCGUCUCUCUAAGUUGUGGACCGAGUCUGGUGGAAUCUCGCACUCGGCAGAAGAACCUGGUUGAUAAAAAGUUGCUGACGCUCUACAGUAGUACAAACCAUGUGGAGGCCCUUUUGGGUCCCGGUCGUCCCACUCCGGAAACUUACAAGACUGUGAGAAAUGCCUUCUUUCGGUACGAGGAAUCCAAAUCGUUAGGCUAUGAUCUUGAGCUUUCCGAAAAUGAACUCAAAGCCAAUGAGACCAUUAUGAAUGCUAAGUUAAAAGAGUACGAUGAUGGUUUGGUUACACCGCUUCUUUUUAACCCUUCUCACCACAUAUUUGAGGUUUUGGAUAGCAUCCAGAACAGUACCCUCUUCAAGCUAAUAAAGAAAAUGCCGAAGGGUGCCGCGCUCCAUGUCCACGAUACAGCACUUUGCAGCACCGCGGCCAUCAUUAACUUUACCUACUACGAUAAUUUCUGGACGUGCCAAAUGGAUGGGGAUAUAAGCCCCACCGCCGUGAGAUUUUCCAGGGGUGAGCCACAGGCACUAGAUAAUUGUAGUUGGAUUCCGAUGCCUGAAUUGCGAGCCAAGUACGGUGCUGAAACGGUCGACCAGUAUCUGGCCGAAAGAAUCACUAUGUAUCCCACAACAAAGUACGUGGACAACAACGCUGCCUGGUCGGCAUUCAUGAGCAUCUUCCAACUAAUCGAUGGUAUUGUGUUAUAUGCCCCCAUUUGGGCGGAGUACUACUAUACUGCCCUUCAGGAGUUCUACGACGAUGGAGUGCUGUAUGUGGAAUUCCGCGGCAUUGUUCCCACGCUUUACGACCUUGAUGGUACUGAAUUCACCGCUAUAGAUACUGUGCGCAUCUAUGUGGAGACCCUGGAGAGGUUCAAAGCGGCUCAUCCCGAUUUUAUUGGAUCCCGCUUGAUCUACGGUCCCUUACGUAACACCAACGCCGAGGGAGUAACUACGUAUAUUAAAACGCUGAAAGAGAUGAAUGAAAAAUACCCCGAAUUCGUGGCUGGUUUUGAUUUGGUUGCCCAGGAGGAGUUGGGACAUCCCUUGAGAGACUUUAUCGAUGAUCUAUUGACGAUACCUGACGAUAUUGACUUUUAUUUCCACGCUGGAGAGACAAACUGGUACGGAGCACCUGUGGACGAGAAUUUGAUCGAUGCGGUUUUGUUAGGAACUAAGCGUAUUGGUCACGGAUUUGGACUUGUCAAACAUCCUGUGGUGCUGGAAAUGAUAAAGAAACUGAAUAUUGCCAUUGAAGUCAAUCCGAUUUCGAAUCAGGUGCUUCAGUUGGUGUCCGACUUCCGCAACCAUCCUUGCGCCCAUUUCUUUGCCGAAGGCUUCCCGGUGGUUAUUUCCUCAGAUGAUCCCUCCUUCUGGAAGAUCACACCAAUGUCACACGAUUUCUACAUUGCUUUUCUGGGAAUCGCCUCGCGACACUCGGAUUUGCGUCUCCUGAAGAAGUUGGCCCUAAACUCCAUCCAAUACAGUUCUCUGACGGGAGAAGCCCAAUUCGAGGCAGUGGAGAGGUGGCAAGGGCAGUGGGAUCAGUUCAUCGCCGAUGUCAACGAACAGGCCUCCAACCAGGGUUCCCCCAGUCAACAUCUCGAUUGACUAGCACGGGUGGUGGCAGCGCUACUGGUCACAUUAUCCCUGAUGACCCUUAAUCUUUGGCGCUAGUCAGAAAUACCCACCCCACCAGAAGCUGUGCCAUCCCCAGAAACGGUUAAAGGCUGAAAUAUUCUCCUCCGCCAAAGAAAUCUAAACCAAUAAAUACCCCGUUUUAGUCGUAGCCGAAAUAAGAGUGCAUGCAAUUUAUGUUCAAAGCUUAAAGAAGCCUGAACGUAAUCGUAAUGAGUUGGCCAGCCAAGCGAUUUCAAAACACUCAGAGAUGGAAUCGUGAUGUAAGAAAGUUAUUAAGAAAUUUUCUCUACACAAUAACCGAAUCGAUUUACAUAUUAGCAUAUACUUGCCUUAAAUAUGAAAUUCUAUUAAUAAUUUAACAAUACAAAAUCUUUCAAAAUGAUGUUGUAAAAGACGACCACAUCUAAGGUGAUUUUGAAGAAGUUGGAAACAAACAAUUUCAUGCUUGACACCUUCAUUUUUUAUUAUUAUAACAACGAAAAUUAAAUUAAAUGUGAACACUA